AUGAAAACAGCCAUCUCUAGUGAAAGCUCCUUAUGGCUGCUUAAAAGUACCCUAGCAAAAACGAAACACAUAGCUCUUUUUUGUGGCGCCCCGGAGACGGUCAGCCGCUUCAGAAUAAAGCUGAACAUUUCUUUCCCGGCCACUGGCUGCCAGAAACUCAUUGAAGUGGACGAUGAACGAAAACUUCGUACCUUUUAUGAGAAGCAUAUGGCCACAGAAGUUGCUGCUGACACUCUGGGUGAAGAAUGGAAGGGUUAUGUGGUCCAAAUCAGUGGUGGGAACGACAAACAGGGUUUCCCCAUGAAGCAGGGUGUCUUGACCCAUGGCCGAGUCUGCCUGCUACUGAGUAAGGGGCAUUCCUGUGACAGACCAAGGAGGACUGGAGAAAGAAAGCGCAAAUCUGUACGGGGUUGCAUUGUGGAUGCCAAUCUGAGCGUUCUCAAUUUGGUCAUUGUAAGGGAGAAGGAUAUUCCUGGACUCACUGAUACUACUGUGCCUCAUCGCCUGGGGCCCAAAAGAGCUAGCAGAAUCCACAAACUUUUCAAUCUCUCUAAAGAAGAUGAUGUCCAUCAGUAUGUUGUGAGAAAGCCCCUAAACAAAGAAGGUAAGAAACCUAGGACCAAAGCACCCAAGAUUCAGCGUCUUGUUACUCCACGUGUUCUGCAACACAAACGUCGGCGAAUUGCUCUGAAGAAACAGUGUACUAAGAAAAAUAAGGAAGAGGCUGCAGAAUAUGCUAAACUUUUGGCCAAGAGAAUGAAGGAGGCCAAAGAAAAACGCCAUGAACAGAUUGCCAAGAGACGGAGGCUGUCCUCUCUGAGAGCUUCUACUUCUAAGUCUGAGUCCAGUCAAAAAUGAGAUGUUCUAAGAGUAACAAAUAAAUAAGAUCAGACAUUAAAAAAAAAAAUGAAA